UAUGCACUUUGCUCCUUGCGUGGGGGUCAAUCACCAUGGGCAAUCAACUCUUCUUGGCUAUGGUUUGGUUUAAAUGAGGAUACUAACACAUUUGUUUGGUUGUUUCGGACAUGGUUGGAAUGCAUGAAUGGUCAAGCUCCUAAUGGAAUUAUUACAGAUCAAGAUCGAGCUAUGCAAAAUGCUAUUCAAAUUAUUUUUCCGAAGGCGAAACAUAGAUGGUGCUUAUGGCACAUACUAAAGAAGUUGCCAGAGAAGUUUGGCUAUCACAAAGCCAAAGGUCCAAUAAUGCAUGCUAUACAUGUGUUAGUCUACGACACAUUAAGUUGUGAAGAAUUUGAGGAAGGCUGGUUGAAUAUGCUUGAUCAGUUUGAAUCACGAGAUCUUGAUUGGUUGAGUGGACUCUAUGAAGAGGGAACUCGUUGGGUACCAUGCUACCUGCACACUACAUUUUGGGCAGAUAUGUCAACCACACAAAGGAGUGAGAGCAUGAAUGCAUUCUUCGAUGGCUAUGUGCAUUCGAAGACUUCUUUGAAGCUUUUUGUAGAGCAAUAUGAGCGAGUGUUGAGAACUAAAGUGGAGAAAGAAUUUCAGGCUAAUUUCAGAUCAUUUUCUCAAAUGAUUCCAUGUGCCACUAAGUACGAUAUGGAGAAACAAUUUCAAGUUGUGUACACUAUCACGAAAUUUAGAGAGUUCCAACAAGAGUUCAUGGGGAAGGUCUACUGUGACGUUUUAUCUAUGACAGACUGUUCUGGGAAAACGAAGUACGUGAGGAUAUCAUUCUUAGUGAAGGAAUGUAGAAAAGAAUAUUUAUAGUGAAAUUCCUUAGUGACAGUUGUGAGAUUGAGUGCAAUUGUCAUUUGUUUGAGUUCCGAGGUAUCAUUUGCAAACACUCAAUAUCGGUUUUAAUUCGGAAUAACGUACAAUUGCUUCCCGAUAAGUAUGUCUUGCGGAGAUGGAGGCGAGAUGUUAGUCGACCAUAUAUGCGGGUCCCAACGACAUACGAUGGUUUGGUUUGUACAGCUGAGCAAUUAAGGUACGAGAGGUUGUGUCUCACUUUUACGAAGAUGGCAGACUUGAUAGCGCUAAAUGAAGAACAGUCCAAUCAUCUAUUGGGGUGGAUUGAAUCCCAAACAAACCAAUUAUCUAAAUCAAAUUGUGGUAACUCGGUUGUGCACGUACCUGAAGCUCAAAAAUGAUGAAAGCAUCCACAUUUGGGACCCGAAGCUUACAAAAAGAAAAGGUGCCCCCAGAAAGUUGCGCAAAAAGAGUCCGUUGGAGGUGAAUUCAAAAAAACCAAAGGGUCGAAAGAAGGUUCCAACAAGUUCAACACUUUCGCUUAAGUGUAGUGGAUCGGAAGAAAAUGUAUUGAACACAAAAAAUGAUGACAAGGCUGAAGAUCAUUGCAUUUCAUCUUCUCAAACACACCAACUUUUUGUAACACAAGAGAGCGUUGAUGUUAUUGAACGUUUGUAGGGAGAAUCUAUUGUUUUGAAUGUGUUCUUCUACACUAAAGGCGUUUAACCUAUUUCUUUUGAUGUGGAAGGUGGUAAAAAAAAAAUCCGCUGGUCAUGCUAAGAAACUUGCAGCCAGUGUACAGAGAAAGAACAUGUUCUGAUGGUACUGUUACAUUGUUUUCCCUUUUGGUAAUUGUUUGAUCCAGCUUUCCUAA